AGUGGCAGCGCGGGCACAUCCUCGUCCAGAAAAGCCUGAGCUGCGGCAUCUGCCGGUGUGCGCACCUCUGCACUCGGAUCCCUACGGAUCGGCACGGGAAAGCCGGACAGGCGUGACUCAACACAACCGCGGGGCUGAACGAGUGCAGCGCUAUUUUCUGACGUGACUUAAAAUAGCGUAUUUCAGCUGGGUAACCUAGUUCUUGCAUCUCCUGCUUCUCUCUUUAGGUCAGCCAAAAGCUCCACGGGUGGCUGAACGAGACCGGGGGAAUCUUUACAGAAUUACCUUGCAUCAAGAGAAGAUUUUAGAUUUAGGGAGAAAAAAAAAAUAUUGCGCUUCUGUCCUUGUGCGGUGGCAUAAGUGGAUUAAAGAAGAGACGGGACAUCUGCGCUGAGGGGAAUUUUGCUCUUGUGCCGCGCAGUAGCGCGCAGAGAACAGUUACAGAAGCUGCAGACGCAUUGAAAGGGCACAAGGGAGCAGGAAGGUGGAGGGAAAUUUACGCGCAGCCCUGUUUUCGUCACACUUUUAAGUUUUAUAUUAAGUCGCUUAGUUGCCCGCUCGGAUUCUUGUCCCGACAAAGUCCAAAGCGACGCUGGUCAGCAGGAAUGGAUUUCUUCAUCCUAGCGGCUCUGGUGCUGUGCUCUCUCACAGCGCCAGCCCUUGGGGACAAAGGGUCCAGCAAAGCCCGGGGUUGUUCGGACAUUCAUCGGUUUUACAGCGGAAAGGGACUCAAGCAGGAUGCUGCUGCCCCCGAGUUUGAGAUAUCAGGGGAGCACCUGCAGAUUUGUCCUCAGGGCUACACCUGCUGCACCAGCAAGAUGGAGGACAACCUGGCUAUGAUUAGCCGCACUGAGAUAGAGGGACUUCUCAAAGAAACUAGACGACCCUUACAGAGUUCACUUUCGUACAGCCAAAACACCUUCAAUGGCUACAUGGAUAAUUUGAUGAACAGGUCCAUGACAACCCUUCAUGAUCAUUUUACUUCAACGUGGGACCUUCUAUACUCCAGAAAUUCCCAGCUCUUCCGUGACCUCUACAAGGAUUUAAGGGACUACUACCAAGGUGGCAAUGUCAAUCUGGAGGAGGCGCUGAAUGAAUUCUGGACCAAGCUGCUGGAGAAGAUCUUUUACCAGGCAAAUAAGCAGAAUUCAAUAGGUGAGGACUACCAGGAGUGUGUAUCAAAGAAAAUAGAGACCCUUCGACUUUUUGGAGAGGCACCCCAUAAAAUGACGAUACAGGUCACUCGUACAUUUGUGGCAGCACGUGCAUUCCUUCAGGGACUGACUAUGACUCGAGAAGUAGUGGGCAAAGUGUUGCAGGUGCCACUGAGCCAGAAGUGCAUUGGAGCUAUUAUGAGGAUGACUUACUGUCAACACUGCCGUGGCAUGCCAACUGCUAAACCCUGCGUCAACUACUGCAGCAACGUCAUGAAAGGCUGCCUUGCCAACCAGGCUGACCUCCACACAGAAUGGUCACAUCUAGCAGAUACAAUGAUUGAAGUGGGAGAACGUCGCUUGGAUGAUGUGGAUAGCGUGAUCCUCUCCCUCCCAAAUCAGAUAUCGGAAGCCAUGUUUUCCAUGAUUGACAACCUGGCCACCAUUAACAGCAAGCUGUUCCAGGGAUGUGGAAGCCUCGGCGAAGGAGGAGCCCCCAGCUCUGGAUUUGGAGACAUCGCAAGCAGAAGAAGGGUCAUAGUCGAUGACAGGUUGGGAGGCAGUGCCAACAAAAUGUCAGAGUCGGUGUCAAACAUCAACAUGAAGCUGAGAGAAAUGCGAUCAUAUUGGAUUUCGCUACCAAAAGUUCUCUGCAGUGACAGAGUGGCCAGUGGAACAGGGGCUGAGGACAAGUGCUGGAAUGGCAUGAAUCGUGCCAGGUAUCUGCCUGAGGUAAUUGGUGAUGGCCUAGCCAGUCAGAUCAACAACCCUGAAGUGGAAGUUGACAUCACCAAACCAGACAUGAAAAUACGCCAGCAAAUAAUGCCACUGAAGAUCAUGACCCACAGGCUAAAAAAUGCCCUCAACGGAAAGGACAUGGACUUUCAGGAUACCAGUGAUGAUGUCAGUGGGUCAGGAAGUGGGAUGUGUGCAGAUGACACGUGUUCCCGAGGGCCACGCCUCAUUGCGCCAGUUACUGAACGAGCCAUGGUCUAUCCCGACCCACCAAAAAACAAAGAAGUGAGAAGUUCAGCGUCACAAAGCCUCCCCUCCAUCAGCAUCUUCUUGCUUUCACUGCUCAUCCUGUUGCUCCAGCGAUAAUUGAUGGGAGAGUCUUCUUACUGGGACUGACUUUGGGACAUGGGGAACUGGAGAAUUUUAACAGGGAGGGAGGAAAGGUUGGGGGUUAGUGUCUUUGCCAAAAGUAAGCAAAUAAAAAAAAAAAACAUAACAAAAAUUACUCAGAUGAAAUGCAAAGGAGUCUUGAGUAUUCAACCUGUUCUUCUACUCUUUAUUUGUCGGUAUUCUAUGACACUGUUAGAGUUCGUCUUUUGGCAUCAUAUAAUGUUUUGUUCCUAGUGUUCGGGCUCUCUGAAAUAAUAUUUUCACCUAGGACAUUAUGAGACUAUACUGCUAACAGUAAUGUAGAUGUUGACAAGAUGGGAAUAAGGAGAAUGGAGUGUUACGGCUGCCCCUACGUGCACAUUUGAUCUCCACUUAUAAUCUGUAGAAAUAAUUUAUUUAUUAGAAUCAGUAGGGCACUAAUUGGAAUAAUCACAUCACUGUUUCCUGUAAACAAAAAAAAAAAAACACAAACUAUAAAUUCAAAUGAUUAUCUUCAGAAAGGAGAAACAGAACAAUUUGACUCGUCAAUGCAUUAGGCUUUGCAGUGCUAAUACACAUAAUCUUUAUCUGCGGGGGAACACACACAUGCCUUCUUCACAUGCCUUCAGCACUUUCCGCUAGUCUAUCUUUAAUUUGCAAUAAAAGCUGUCAUAAUAUUCACACAGACAUGUUCCUUCUAUGUAGGGAAUUGGGGGCAACAUGUCCUUUCUUCCAUUCCAUCCACCCACUCCUCCCUUUUCUCCUACCACAUGCAACUCCCACCUUACCGCUCAUUUACUCCACUCCCCUGCUGGCAGUGCAGCAUCAACUUGAGGGUUCCGGUUCAAGCAAAGGGCUCACAUGACCGGAUCAAGUCUCAGUUGACAGAAAGUGGAUGAGAGUAGUUAGUUUAAAGGCGACCCUCGUGAGAGACCCAAAAACGGACACAGAAGCAGAAACACAAAUUUCCUGCAGCACUUUGUUCAGUACUUUGUUUGACGUUCACAGUAGAUCAAUAAUAUUGUACACACAGUCAGAAUUUUAGUGUGAUAUGCUUUAUGUGUAAGUGUAGCAACAAUCAUUGUCACGGUUAGGGCUAAAUAAUGCACAUUUAAAAAAUGUACUUUUAUUUUAAUGGCAGACAAAGCAGCGUGCAUAUUUUUGAAAUCUUAUAUUUUUUCUGUUUUCUUGGUGAAAAAAAAAACAGUUAGCUCUCCCUCUUAUGUAUUUCUGUCAUUAUAUGUUUGCCAUUUAUUUGCUUGCAAGUUUUCCAUGAGAUGUAUUUCGCAAUCUUAAUCCCGCCCCCCCUUUUUUUUUUUUCUUCGCUCAUCAGUUCUAAUGACCUUUAGAGUGUUCUUCCUGGUUCUACGUAAUGGGGAGGCGAAGAUGACAGUGACACAGUGCUUCAUUAUGUGUCAGCCUUCCAGGGAAUGUUUUGGGAAAGCAUUGUAAUACCUUUUUCCUGAUGAGAUGCUUGCGAGGGAGAAAUCAUGUACCGCAUUUUAUUUCAAAGACGUGAGACAGCGCUCAGUUCGAAUGAAUUUGCAUGCAGGAUGAGGGGAUGAUGCUUGCAUGUAUGUAUGAGUUCAUUGCGUAAAUGCGAAUGUGUGUACUUGUCUGUGACCGACAAAGCAAAGAGGGGACAAACAAAAGAGUCUGCAUAAAUCUUCUUUGGAUGGCACAGAAAGAAAAUCUAUUAAAACAUUCAGGUCUAUUAAAACCCUCCAGUCUAACAAUGUAUGAGAGUGCUGUUAAACUGACAGCAAUAGGAGAUUAAUAUAGUCCAUUUUUCAAAAAUAGCAUUUUCAACUACUGCUGUAAUAGUUCACAUUCUCUAUUAAUGGCUUCUGUACUGUCAGAAUUACGUGUGACAGGGAGAUGGAAAAAGAUGAAUUAAGUCAAUGGGAUUCUUAAAGUGUGCCAUUGAUCCAGAUGGGAGGUUCGUGUUAAAGACAAUAUUAUAUAUGCACCCAUAUUUUGGAAAACAAUCCAACUCCAUCUGGGCUCUGUUAAAGUAAAUACAAGUUAAUUUGUUUUAGUGUGUUGAUAGAAAAGUUUCUUAGAUGAUAUUUUAAUUUUUUAAGGGGGAAAACGAGUUGUUGCUGUUUGUCUGUGUCUGUCUCUUUUUGUGCCCAGUUAGGAAAUGCGCCCGUGACUGCCUCUGAUACUAUGGGGUCAAUUUAAAGAUAUGAAUAGAGAAAUGUUACGUUGUUGGUUGGUGAGAAUUAAAAAGAGGACAUAUUUGAACAAAGAAAAAUUAGCACAGCAAGCAUCUCAGUUUGUGACUCAGAAUAAAUGAGAACGCUUUAAUGAAAAUCAAAAUGACCCAGACUGCCAUGGUGACAUUCCAGCUCAAAGGCAACCCUUCGACUUCAGGACGAUAACUUCAAUUUCAGUGACUCUCUCACAAUGUCAUCUGCUGAAAUUUGCACAACCUUCUCCAAAUCUUACCCUCUUUUCUCAUUCACUUUACGAUCUCAUUAGUUUGUUCUCUUUGUCCCCCUCCCAUUUACCGAAACAUGCACUUUUAUUAGGCCACUAAAUGGCAUUGUCUGCACAAAGACAUCACAAGAUACUCGAUCAAUAAGAAAGUCAACACCUUCCAGAAACGACUAUUGAUUUGGGGAUGUGUGUAUGCAGAUAGUUGUGGCUCGGCGUGCUGACUCCUGUAUGAGGAUGGUGACGGAGUGUAAACAUAACGCUCCAAAGUGUGAGAGGAAGCUUGACAAAGGUUUGCGCUGAUCUUAGGUCAGCAUGUAUUCCUCGACCUGGCCCUUAUCCAUCACUACUUGGUUCCUUGCAAAAAUAUUUAUACUUCUUGAACUUUUUUUCAAGGUUUCUGAUUUUUGCAGACACAGAGCUUAAUGAAUUGUAUUAGGAUUUUCUUUUUGUGAUAUGCCAAAUCACAACAAAACAUAAAUGUCAAAUAGGUUGAAAAUAGUUAUUUUUUUCCCAAAUAAUUUGAAGAAUAUAGUGUAUAUUUCUAUCCAAUGCCAACGAGUCACUUCUUUGUAGAAACACGUUUUUAAAUUUUUAAUUACAGCUCUUUUGGGCUAUGUCAUCACCAGCUUUGUACGUCUAAAGACUACAUUUUCUGCCAAUUUUGUUUCCAAAAUAGCUCAAGCUCAGUCAGAUUGGAUGGAGAGUAUUUGCAAAACAUGACAUUUCAAGUCUUGGCAGAAAUUAUCAAGUUGAAUUAAAUCUGGACUUUGAGGGGGCCAUACUAGCACAACAAUAUGCUUUAAUCCAAACCGUUCAACUGUAGCUUAGACUUUGUAUUUAGGGUCAUUGUUCUGCUGAAAGGUGACCCUUGCUCUACAUUUAUCUCCAUCCUUCUCCCCACCAACUCUGAAAGGUUUACCCAUAUGUGUUCAAACGAUUCAUCCACACAGCAUUAUACUGCCAACACCAUGUUUCAGUGGGUGAACGGGGUGUUCAUGAUGACGCACAUUCUCAGUUUUCUGUCACACAUUGUGGUUGGCAUGUAGGCCAGAAAGUUCAGUACUGUUCUCACCUGAUCAGAGCACCCUUUUCUACCUGUUUUCUUAGUUCAUUAUAAGACCGAUUGGUCAUUUUAAAAAUAGAUUCAACUUGGCUUUUUUUUUUUUCCAACAAUGAUUUUCUACUUACCUCUACUGUAUGAACACUUUUGCAAUGCACUGAAGGUCGCAAAAUGCAAUGCAUAUUAUCCAGCUUGAUAACGGUGUCCUUCUUCUCUGAGCUAAGAACUUGAGUGUUUCUAAAUUGAUCAUUGUAUGAGAAAAAGAAAUGCUUAAUUUCUUGUUUAGAUUUACUUUUAUUUUAUUGUUAUCAGAAAUCUAUUGAGAGUUUGUUCCUUUGGUGAAAACAGGUGACAGAAAGAGCUGGAGAAAUAUCCACAAUAACAUGUCUCAUUUGCUGUUGUACCUGCAAUAUUGUGUCAAUUAUACACAUUGUAAGAUUUUCAACUC